AGAUCAUGAGGUAAAGAGUCAUCGGUCCAACACCCGUCCUGUUUAUACCAUUCUCAAUUCCCUACCCACCUUUGCAAAGGUUCAAGGGAAUUUCUCGCCAAAAAUGGCUUCUCCAUUCCUGCCACAGAUUGACCUUGCUUCAUUCGACGCCAAAUCGAACCAGGGACUGAGUGCCCAGUCGAUUUCCCACAUUGGUGCUGCUUUCGCCGCUGUCGAUCAAAGCAACCUCGACAAUGCAUUCGCUCUCCUGCAGCAGCACUUGAGCAGUAUUGCUCUCCAUCUUGACGUGAAAGCGCUCUCGAUUGAGGAUAUCACUUCCUUGCUGAACGCCGGCGCCGCCAAAGUUUUUGUGUCAUUGAACCAGCUGAAAGAACUACUCCAAAUUAGCACCAUUGCUCAGGAGAGAAUUAUUUUGGCACUCCCUGGCCAGCAGCGGGCAAACAAGGAAGAGAUUAUCAAUGCCAUUGGCGAGACUCAAGUCGGCGUUUUCUCGCCGCAGGUCCUGGAUGUUGAGCUGGUAGAGGCCUGGCUCAAGGAGCUGGGCUCGACUAGACCGCCAGUCUACGUUUCGCUCGCAACCCCGAGCCUUGAGAAUGCUCUACGAUUGCUCAAGCUUGCAGCCAUCCCGAUCAUCCCAUCGACACAACUGACGACCGACGCCGCAUCCGGAAAAAUUCCCGUCGCUGACUUGCUCCUCGCAAAUGCCAAGAGUGAUCGACCUGAUGGACUUUUCACAACAUUGGUUGUGGAUGAGCGUGGAGUUGCUUUGGGCUUGGUCUACAGCAGCCAGGAGAGUUUGGCUGAAAGUCUGAAGACUGGAAGAGGUGUCUACCAAAGUCGGAAACGCGGCCUGUGGUACAAGGGCGACAGCAGUGGAGAUAUUCAGGAGCUCGUCAGCGUCUCGCUUGACUGUGACGAGGACUGCCUGAAAUAUGUUGUGAGACAAAAGGGCAGAGGAUUCUGCCACCUGGCUACGCCCACCUGCUUUGGCGACUAUAGCGGUCUGUCAAAACUUCAGAAGACUCUCCAAGAACGCAAGGCUUCCGCUCCUGAAGGCUCCUACACUGCACGCUUGUUCAACUCACCACAGCUACUGAGAGCGAAGAUCAUGGAAGAAGCCGACGAGCUGUGCAAUGCACAGACCAAGGAAGAAGUGGCCUUUGAGGCGGCAGACUUGCUCUACUUUGCACUCACCAAGUGCGUUGCAUCCGGAGUCAGCCUAGAGGAUGUGGAGCGCAGUCUGGAUGCCAAGAGCUUCAAAGUCAAGCGUAGAAAGGGAGAUGCCAAGGGCCAGUGGGCUGAAAAGGCCGGCCUUUCUGGCAACGCUCCUAAUUCUGAGGCCAAGGAACAGAUCAAAGAGGCGGCUUCCAUUCCUAAGAAGCCUGAAGAUCCCGCUGGCUUUCAGGAUGGUCAAAUCAGAAUGAAGCGUUAUGAUACAACUACCAUCUCUGACGCAGAAUUGGAGAAGAUUCUUCGCCGACCCGCUCAGAAGUCCAAUGAGGCAGUCAUGGCGAUUGUCAAGCCCAUCAUCCAAGCUAUCCGCGAACGCGGUGACGCUGCUGUUCUGGAAUACACUCACAAGUUCGAAAAGGCCACCUCCUUGAAGUCACCUGUCUUGCGCGCUCCUUUCCCUGAGCACUUGAUGCAGCUGCCCAAGGAGACUAUUGAGGCCAUCGAUAUCAGUUUCGAAAACAUUCGUCGCUUCCAUGCUGCACAGGCUGAAGAGAAGCCUCUCAAGAUUGAGACUAUGCCCGGAGUUGUCUGCUCACGAUUCACUCGUCCCAUUGAACGUGUUGGUCUCUACGUCCCCGGAGGCACUGCCGUGCUACCUUCUACGGCUCUCAUGCUCGGUGUCCCGGCUAUGGUUGCAGGAUGCAAGAAGAUUGUUCUCGCCUCGCCUCCGCGUGCGGAUGGUCGGCUCACCCCUGAGGUUGUUUAUGUUGCUCACAAGGUUGGAGCCGAAAGCAUAGUGCUUGCCGGUGGCGCUCAGGCUGUCGCUGCGCUCGCCUACGGCACCGAGAGUGUCAGCAAGGUUGACAAGAUUCUCGGUCCUGGUAACCAGUUCGUCACUGCCGGAAAGAUGUUUGUCUCCAACGACACUAGCGCUGGAGUCAGCAUCGACAUGCCCGCCGGUCCCAGUGAGGUCUUGGUUAUCGCCGAUGCGGCCGCUAACCCGGCAUUUGUUGCAUCUGACUUGCUCAGCCAGGCAGAGCACGGAGUCGACUCGCAGGUCAUCCUCAUUGCAGUCGACCUGAACGAGUCCCAGCUUGCGGCGAUUGAAGAGCAGCUUCACGUGCAGGCCAUGGCCCUCCCUCGUGUAGAUAUUGUGCGCGGCUCGAUUGCCCACUCAGUUACGCUCCAGGUCAAGACUAUCGAGGAGGCUAUGACAUUGAGCAACCACUAUGCCCCAGAACAUUUGAUCUUGCAGCUCCAAAACGCUGCAGAUGUUGUUCCUCUGGUAGAGAACGCCGGAAGUGUUUUCGUUGGCGCAUGGACACCCGAGAGUGUUGGAGACUACUCUGCAGGUGUCAACCACUCAUUGCCGACCUACGGCUAUGCUAAGCAAUAUUCUGGUGUCAAUCUCUCCUCCUACCAGAAAUCGAUUACUUGCUCAAAUCUCUCCGAGGAGGGUCUCAAGAAUGUUGGUGGUGCAGUGAUGCAGCUCGCCAAGGUUGAAGAGCUUGAAGCCCACCGAAGAGCCGUCAGCAUCCGACUUCAAGCCAUCAAGCAAUAGACUAUACAAUUACUCGAUGAUAACUCACGAUACCAAAAGAAAGUCUCAGUGUGACUGAUUACGAAGAAAAGUUUUAUCAUAUGUUUGGAUUUAGAGCUAGACGGUCCCAUGUACUUAAAUAGCUAAUAAGUCCUAUUUGUUCCAUUUCCAUCUGUAUUUUGGGUUAAGCGGUGUACUGAUUUUCUAGCGACAAUAAAAUCAUCUUUAUUAUACAACUUCUAUAAGUAUUUUGAAAAUUUCUAGCUAUUGUCGGAAAUAAAUAUUCUGGCGAUCUCCAUUUUCUCAAAGCGCUGUCCGAAGGCUAGCGCCUUUAACCCCAAGCGGAAUAUCAAUGUCAGACAAAGAACUUUUCACCACAG